ACUGAAACCAAACGUCAUCCACGGACAAACUGCUUGUACCGUUUGAGUGUUUUACUGCGGCUAAGAGUCUCAUCACUGUACCGUGCUUGGAAGGUUUUACACCUCCGGUCACCAGAAAUUUCAUCACAAGCUCCGGUUUCACUGAGCUUCUCUUCAGUCGCUCCCCGUACAUGGUAACACAGGACUGAGGACGAGUGAUGGCAGUGUGGAUCCAGGCCCAGCAGCUGCAGGGUGACGCCCUGCACCAGAUGCAGUCUCUCUACGGCCAGCAUUUCCCCAUAGAGGUGCGACACUACCUGUCCCAGUGGAUAGAGGGCCAACUCUGGGACGCCAUCGAUCUGGAGAAUCCGCAGGAGGAAUUUAAAGCCAAGCGCUUGCUGGACAGUCUAAUUCAGGAACUACAGAAGAAGGCGGAACAUCAAAUGGGAGAGGAUGGCUUUCUUCUCAAGAUAAAAUUAGGCCACUAUGCUUCACAGUUGAAGAGCACAUACGACCGAUGUCCGCUGGAGCUGGUGAGAUGCAUCAAGCACAUUCUCUACACGGAGCAGAGACUCGUCAGGGAAGCCACUAACUCGAGCUCUCCGUUGAGCGGGAUGAUGGACAGCAUGUCGCAGAAGUACCAGCAGAUAAACCAGGCGUUCGAGGAGCUCAGGAUCCUGACGCAGGACACAGAGAACGACUUGCGCAAGCUUCAGCACAACCAGGAGUACUUCAUUAUACAGUAUCAGGAGAGUCUACGAAUACAGGCUCAGCUGUCGAGUCUGGCCGCGCUGCCCCCCGCCGACAGACAGGUCCGAGAGCCGAGCCUUCUCAGCAAGAGAGCCACAGUGGAAGCCUGGCUCACCAGAGAAGCCAACACCCUGCAGAAAUACAGACUGGGUCUGGCAGAAAAGCACCAGAAAACACUGGCACUGUUACGGAAACAACAAACAGUGAUACUCGACGACGAGCUGAUCCAGUGGAAGAGACGCCAGCAGCUCGCCGGCAACGGAGGACCGCACGAGGGAGGACUGGAUAUCCUGCAGUCAUGGUGCGAGAAGCUCGCCGAGACCAUUUGGCAAAAUCGGCAGCAGAUCAGGAGGGCGGAGCAUUUAAGGCAGCAGCUGCCGAUCCCCGGGCCCAUCGAGGAACUUCUCAAUGAUCUCAACAGCACCAUCACGGAUAUCAUCUCGGCGCUCGUCACCAGCACCUUCAUCAUAGAGAAGCAGCCGCCUCAGGUGCUGAAGACGCAGACGAAGUUUGCGGCCACGGUGCGUUUGCUGGUGGGAGGAAAACUCAACGUCCACAUGAACCCUCCUCAGGUGAAAGCCACCAUCAUCAGCGAGCAGCAGGCCAAGGCGCUGCUCAAGAACGAAAACACCCGGAAUGAGAGCAGCGGCGAGAUCCUGAAUAAUAACUGUGUGAUGGAGUAUCACCAGACCACAGGCACUCUGAUUGCACACUUCAGGAACAUGUCUUUGAAGAGGAUCAAGCGCUCAGAUCGCCGCGGGGCGGAGUCGGUGACCGAGGAGAAGUUCACCAUCUUGUUCGAGUCGCAGUUUAGCGUCGGGGGCAACGAGCUGGUUUUUCAGGUCAAGACGCUGUCUUUGCCCGUCGUGGUGAUUGUCCAUGGAAGUCAGGACAACAAUGCCACCGCCACGGUUCUAUGGGACAACGCUUUUGCUGAACCGGGCCGAGUUCCUUUCCUUGUUCCUGAUAAAGUGAUGUGGCCACAGCUGUGUGAGGCUCUCAAUAUGAAGUACAAGGCAGAGGUGCAGUCGAACCGGGGUCUGUCCGAGGAGAACCUGGUCUUCCUCGCUCAGAAGGCCUUCAGCAGCUCCAGCUGCAACCCUGAGGAUUACCGAGGCAUGACCAUGACCUGGUCUCAGUUCAACAGAGAAAGCCUUCCAGGGAGAAACUUCACAUUCUGGCAGUGGUUUGACGGUGUCAUGGAGCUCACGAAAAAACACCUGAAGCCUCACUGGAAUGAUGGGGCGAUCUUGGGCUUCGUCAAUAAGCAGCAGGCUCAGGACAUGCUGAUGUCCAAACCGAAUGGGACGUUCCUGUUGCGUUUCAGUGACUCUGAGAUAGGAGGCAUCACCAUCGCGUGGGUGGCCGAGAAUCCCAACAAAGCAGCAGGUGAAAGAAUGGUGUGGAACCUCAUGCCCUACACGACUAAAGACUUCUCGAUUCGCUCUCUGGCCGAUCGUAUAAGUGACCUGAACCACCUGCUGUUCCUGUACCCCGACCGGCCCAAGGAUGAGGUCUUCUCCAAGUACUACACCCCUCCACUGUCGAAAGCAGUGGACGGCUACGUCAAACCGCAGAUCAAACAAGUAGUACCAGAGUUUAUGACGCCUAAUCCGGAUCCAGCCGCGAAUCCAACCUACAUGGAUCACGCGGCCUCGCCAGCUGUCAGUCACCCGCAAAACUACGGCAUCUACCAACCAAUGAAUGACAGCAUGCUAGACGGUGAGGGCGACUUCGAUCUGGACGACACCAUGGAUGUAGCAAGGCACGUCGAGUUGCUGCUCCGCCGACCUUUAGAGGACCAGUGGAGCGGCCAGCAGUCGUGACCUCGCGACCGUCUGUCCUCUCUCCUUUCCCUCAAGCGUAGAUUAUUCCAUUCAUCCCGCCUUCCCUUGCCUACUUUUCCCUUUCCUUCAUUUCUUUUCCUAAUGUGAAAACAAAGCUCAGUGAUAGCUGUGGUUGCUUUUAAUGUUACUUUAUUUUGGUCUCGUUUUGUUUAGUUUUGUUUAGUUUUUUUUGUUCUUUUCUUUCUUGUACUGUCAUUUUUUUUUUCUUCUCCGCAUGUGAGCUGAAUGCACAUGUGUGAAAGAGAAAUAGAAGAAAAAUACUACUAGCGCUCUCUUCAGCUCAAUACUACCAGACAGUAUUGUGGGAAAAAAUAAAAAUCUUGUUACACACAUGGGUUAUUUUUUGUUUUUGUUUUUGUUUGUUUAGGUUCUUUUUAUUUUAUCUUUUUUUUUUAUUUGUGAAAAAUCCCAAAAUAGACCUGUACUACUGUAAAAACGUCUCUUAUUAUUUUCUAUCUUCAGUUUUAUCUUUAAUUUUAUACCGAGUCAAAAUUUUUAUUUUAGUUUUUACCUGUUUCUUUUCUUUCUUCUUCUUUUUCUUUUCGCUCCCCAAAAUGAUCACGUCUACAACCCAUUGCACUGUGGAACAAACGCAUCUGUCAGAUUAGUUCUUUUUUUUUGUUUUGUUUUGUUUUUAACAUGGGGAGAGGAAGAAAAAAAAAAAAAAGAGCUCACUGUUACCGUGGCAACGUGAGGUCACUGCUGUAAUGUAUAUUCGAUACACUAAAAGCGUAAUUCAGUUGUGGUAGAGCCAUUUAUAGUAAGCGUGUGUACAAAAACGCUCCUGAGCAGACUGGACAUGCAUUCUCGAUGCCUGAAUAUAUCAAACACACACACAUACACACACAUACACAUACACAUCAUUCAUGCCAUACACAGAUGAGAAAGAUGCAUCAGACACAUCAGGGUAUUUCAUGACCCUGAGAAACUCAAACACACACACACACACACACACACACUGUUCGUGUCUCUCCUUCUCACUUACUUUCUCCAGCUGAAUAAGGGUGUGGUGAUGUAUUUGUGCGCCGGACAAACGCUUUUAAACGCAUGCUACUCAGAACCUCCGCGCUUGUUGUCAUGGUGACGUACGCUGCUCCGAUCCUGCGUCCGGUUCUCUGACCUAUACGUGCGAGACGUGAACCUGCCCACCCGUUCUCUCUCUCUCUCUCUCUCUCUCUCUCUCACUUUUCCACCUGUUUGUUUCCACUCACAUACAUACAUACACUCAGGACAAAGAAGUGCAGUAGAUGUAUUGUACGAAGUGCUUGUAUUGUAAGAAGAUUCUAGAUUCUAUAUGAAUUUAUUUUUCUUUAACACAAUUCUAUUUUAUUACUGUGGAAGCUCCUUUCGAUGCUCUGUGUACUGUGAAUGCAGCGUGAACCCCCUCGCUAGUACGAGCCUCUCUGCGCUGACCGAUCAAAGCAGCCGUUUAAAGGGGCGAGUCGCGUUUUCCGGCGCCCUCUACUGACUGAGUGCGGACCGCAGCGACGACAUGAACAUAAACAUUAACGUCUUUCUCUUUCCAAAGGAGAAAAAGUACAGACUGUAUACUCACACGAUCUCUGUUGGAACUACGCAUGCGGCGCUUUUUCGUCCGGGCUGGAAAAACAUAAAAACAGCCUGAAAUAAAAAUCAUUUAAAAAAAAAUGUAAAAAGACAAAACAGGCUCGAUCGAGACUCGCGUGCAUGCUGAUUUAUCUUUGCAUUAAUGACUUGCCUAACAGCAAAAAGGUCUGUUUUCAAAACCAGAAAGCGCACCUUUAAGUGCAACGAAAAAAAAAAGAUCGAGGUCAGCAAAACCCGGGGGAUUUAAAAAACUUUUUUUUUUUUAUUAUUAUUAUUAUUAUUAUUUUCUACCAAACACUGCGAUAUCGCUUUUACUUCUCAUUUCUGUGCUGCACCAUUGGACAAGUGAAUAAAGCCAUAUAUCGGCCGCGCGUCCGGCCACCGCGCUUCAUGUGUUUUCCCGCAGAUGCUCCUAAUUAACACAAUUUGAUUCAUCUCAGUGUACAUUUCGAACUUUUUCCUGCUUAUUAGGGAAGUUGUGUGAUUGAAUUUUUUUUUUUUUUCAUCCUUUUGUUUUUACUUUGUAAUUAUUCUUUCUAGUGAGACGGAUCCGUCUCAUCACUCGGGAGUCAGUCUUUCUCACUCUAGGUGGCAAUGGACAUGGGUGUGGGUGCGUCUCUGUGUGCGAGUGUGUGUGCGCGUGCGUACAGUAGGUGUGUGUGUGUUGUGUGUGUGGAUGUGCGGUUAUGUUUAGCUUCACAUCGUGUUGAGUGUUCCCAUGUUUUUUUGUUUUGUUUUUCGGUUGCUUGGAUAUGUGUUUUAAAGGAAGAACAAUUGAAAAUAAAGUUUUAUAAAUAAUUUAAA